UAUCCAGCAGCAUCUCCCCUCCCUUUCUGUUCAGCAGGAAGUUUAACUUCUUCAGUUGGGAGUAGUUGAUACGGGGCGGGCGGUUAAACCGUAGGGUAGAACCCACAACCAGCCUGUAGAGAUGACUUGAACAACGGAUGGCAGAACGGUUUCCUCCCGGUCUCAAAGCUUUUUCGGACUAGCUAAUAUGCAAGAAGACUCAAAAUGCUCAGACGGGAACUGGUAUUUUACACCAGCUUUACACCAGAGUUAGUCAACUGUUGAGUUGUGCUAUAUGUGAAGGCAUCAUGGCAAACGUUAAAGUUGCCAUUCGAGUCCGCCCUCUCACCGCAAGGGAGAGUGCGGAUGGAGGAAGGCUAGCAGUUCAGGUGGAGGACAAGCUUGUGAGCAUAAAAAAUGUAAAGCUGGAUGGACGUACAGACGGUGCUGUAGAUUCGAGGGAGAAGCUUCUGGAGUAUUGUUUUGACUACUGCUACUGGUCGGUGGACCCUGCAGAGCCUCACUAUGCCUCGCAGGAGGAGGUGUUCCAGGACCUGGGUGUGUCGGUGCUGUCCGGAGCCUCAGAGGGCUACAAUGUGUGUCUAUUUGCUUACGGCCAAACAGGAUCUGGAAAGACGUACACCAUGAUGGGGACACCGGACUCCAUUGGCUUGACUCCUCGGAUCUGUCAGGGUCUCUUUAGGUCUGAAGACACUUUUUCUGAUGGGCAAAACUCAAGCAGAGUGGAGAUCAGCUUCCUGGAGAUCUAUAACGAGCGUGUGCGAGACCUGCUGAGAGCAGGAGAGCAGAAGAAAAGAGCCUCCCUGAGAGUUAGAGAACACCCGGAGAAGGGGCCCUAUGUACAAGACCUGUCACAGCAUGUAGUCACAGACUGCAAGCAUGCCAUGGAUCUUUUGGAGGAAGGCAUGGCCAACCGGAUCACCGCAGCAACCCACAACCACGAUGCAAGCAGCCGAUCCCACGCCAUCUUCACCAUCCAGUACACACAGGCAAUCCUAGAAAAAAAUCUUCCUUCAGAAACUGUCAGCAAGAUUAACCUGGUGGACUUGGCUGGGAGUGAGCGAGCAGACCCCCACUACUGCAGGGAUAGACUGACAGAGGGCUCUAAUAUCAACAAGUCACUGGUCACUUUGGGCAUAGUCAUAUCUGCUCUUGCCCAGAACUCCCAGAUGUCAAGCAGCUGUCAGAGUAUCAACAGCAUGGCAUCUGAGGGCGAUGGCAGCAGCUCCUUUUCUGGAGGAGGUGGGAGGAGGCACAGCUUCAUCCCCUACAGAGACUCGGUCCUAACCUGGCUGCUGAAAGACAGCCUGGGCGGCAACUCCAAGACCAUCAUGAUUGCAACGGUCUCACCCUCCGCUAGCAGUUACAACGAGACCCUCAGCACCCUGCGCUAUGCGGCCCAUGCCAGAAAUAUUGUCAACAAGCCUCGGGUUAAUGAGGAUGCCAAUGUACGCCUGAUCAGGGAACUGAGAGAGGAGAUUGACAGGUUGAAGAGCAUGCUGCUCAGCUUUGAAAUGCGGCGUAAUCCCAGUCCAUCCCUUAGCGAUGAGAGGGAUGGAAAUCUCUCUGAGAUCGUGCUACAGAACGAACUAAAGGUGGAGCAGCUGACGAAAGACUGGUCGGAGAGCUGGAGAGACAAGAAAGAGCUGCUGGAGCAGUACAGCGUGGACAUCAACCGAGACCGGGCUGGAUUCCUCAUUAACUCCUUCCAACCACACCUGGUUACUCUGGAUGGAGAUGUUCUUAGCACCGGGGUCGUCUUCUAUCACCUCAGGGAAGGAGUUACCCACAUAGGACCUCAGGAACAGUUUGAAGAACCACAGAUAGUUCUGCAGGGCAGUGCCAGCUGUGAGAUUGAAAACCACGGAGGUGUGGUUACACUUACACCGCUGCCUGGCUGCGUCUGCCUGCUCAACGACAGAGAGGUCACUGAGUCCUGCAGACUGGCUCAAGGGAUGGUGAUCACCUUGGGAGGAGUGCACAAGUUCCGCUUCAACCACCCAGCAGAGGCAGCUGUCCUCCGGGAACGCAAAAGGGCCAGUGAAGGUGGCAUGACCUGCACCUACAUCGAUCAUUGCCCGUUGACCCCUGACCACAGUAUUAAAGAAGUGAAGCUCCAAGGCCAGCUGGGUGCCUGUCUCUCCCCCAGCGCGGAGCCUACUGCUAGGCAGCGUAUGGAGGAGCAGCAGCACUACGUGGAGAGUUUGCGACAGGAGAUUCAGGCUGAACAAAAAAGGGCUGAGAGAGAGCUGGAGAGGGAGCAGGCCCACCUUCGACAGCAACACAGUGAGAUCCAGCAGUGGAUUUUGCAGGAGAAACGGCGCCUAACAACUGUAGAGUCUGGCGUUCAGACAGACGUUAUCCACGCACCCCUCCUGGAGCCGGGGGGAAAUCAGGCGUCUGAGGACCAGGAAGGGGAGACAGUGGACCAUCCGUCCCAGGUGGUAAGGGCCAGGAAGAAGGUGGUGCAGGAGGAGCUACUAAAGCAUCAUGCCCUUUGCCGUUCCGAGAGCCGCAUCCGUCGGAAAAAGUUGCACUACCAGCUGGAAAGAAUUGCCCGGAAGCGGCAUCUGUUGGAAGCUAAGAGGGAAUUGCAGCGGCUGGAAAGGGCCCUGCCUCCAGGACCAGGCAGCCCAGAGUCUCCUGAGCUGGGUUCCCCCACGAAGCUCAGAGGAAGACCAUUUGUUUCUCGUAGACACUCAUUCUCAGCAGAUCUUCUGUCCCGGCUCUACCCACAGAACACCCCUAUCUUUAGACACUUCCUUAAGAGAAAUAGAUCCACAGAACUGACGUCAAAUUCCUCUACAACGUCUGAUUCCAUUGGCAGCAGGGAGUGGGUUUCAGAUGAGUGUCUUCCACGGGAAAGAACCCAAAGUUGUUCUGGUACGUUCUUCUCAGGACAAAGUCAAGCGUGCCGAAGUAGAAUGAGCUCUUCUGAAAAUAUCAGACAAGCUGCCAAAGAGGAGCACCAAGCCUUGCCUUGCCGGGAACGACCAGAAAGAAAACCUCUGCUGCCAAACCGAGACCUGUCUUUCAAGAACAGAUCAGAUCAGAAUUCAGUUACUUUGAAGUCACCACUUGGCACCAUUUUGCAGCCAGUCAGCAAUAAAAAUAUACAAGAACCCACAGCACGCAAAACCAGUUCUCAGAUUGUCCCUUGCAUGAAUGAGUUAAGUUACAAAGAUAACAACAAACCAGAAACCACAGAGAAGACUUCCUCUCGUUCGGUUGGGCCCAGGUUAAAAACAGCCCUAUCCAAAGUGUUCAGGAAACCACCAGCAGGUGUGAAUGGAGGCCGAGGUCCCAAACCUCUGGGGAGAAUAGCAAGCAAAUUUUACUGGAGACAAAGAAGAGACAGGAGCCUUAAAGAUGUCAAAAUUAGCGGGAGCAAAUGUGCUGUUAAAACAGCGGUCUCGUGUGAGGAGCUUGACCAAAGAACUCUGUCUGAGGACAUUAAACAAAGGCGGUGGCAUAGCACAGAAGCUCUGAUGAACACAACCAGCAUAUGGGUCGAGAGACAGCAAGGAUUGUUGGGAUGGGAGGAAGAGCAAGAAGACCGAGAUGACGGAACGUCAGACUCUGAGAGCCUUUUCUCUCUUGAUUCACUGUCCUCUGCUUAUGUGACAGCUCUUGCAGAGCAGCUGAGACACGAGGAAGCAGCUCAGAGUGAAGCAGAGAGCGAAGACAGUCAGAUGUCUAAGGAUUCAUUGGCUGCGGAGAGCAGUGGGAAAUACUCAACAGUGGAGAAACGUAGCCAAACAGUGGUGCCAACCUACUCAUUGGUGACAGAUUGCUCCUAUUCAUCCAUGCGGCACAAUAGAACAGCAGAGAUCAGUUUAAACCGGGACCACCCUCAGAAACCUCAGGUAAUCCCAGCAGAGGCGUGUUGGAGCCAGCAAAACUCCCCAAAAUCAAGACACAGUGGUGCAACAAGGAAGCAUCUUACCCACAACUCAUUAGUAGCAGAUUCCAGAGACACUGUACACAAAAUGAUUGAGGACUUUGGGAACAUGCAGACCACUUUGACCAUCAGCCCACGCUCCCUGAGCAGCUGCAGCGUGAGGGAGCCAGAAAACAUGCUGGCACUCACCGAUGCCUGGUCCUCCACUGACGCCGCAGAUAGUCCCAGAAUUUACAGAGAUUAUCUGCCUUUGCAGAGAAAAAAGAUGUUCAAAGGUGUAGAGAGCAGCAGAAGCAGCAGCAGUCCCAGUCCAACCAGUAUGAACCUCUCAGAUUCUCAGAGUGAAUCUCGAAGCUAUAGCUCAACAUCCACAAGCACUGAGGGUGUAAAAGUAACCAUGCAGGAUCAACCCAGUGUUAAAAAUUCAAGAGGCACAUCAGACACAUUAGAUUUUCGACACUCUCAGAUUCUAACAACGCCAGAUGAACCCCUGAAGAAAGUAGGGUGUUGUGUAGAACAAUCAGAUGUACAAGUAGAAAAUAAGGGGAAGUCAGCUAUAGAUACUCCAGAUUACAGCAGCAUCAAAAGUCCAGCAUCUUUACCAACCUUACAUCAAACCACUCGUGUGUCACCCAGUGAGACCCACUACACUAAACAACAACCAUCACAGGUACAACUGCUUCAGGUGUUCACAGAUGAACACCUGAAGAUGUCCUCUGACACUGAAAUGUGUAUGUCAGGUUGUCAGUCAGUAAUGCAUUUCUCUACAAGUCCUACUAACCAAGGUCCCGUAUUUAACAGAAUGUCUGACCCUGCAAGUGUCUUCAGACUGUCGACCAAAGAUGAAGCACUAUGCAGUCUAGAUGGUGCAACAGAGAUGUUGAAAAAUAGUCAGCAUUAUGAGCUUGGAAACACCAAAUAUGGAUCUUGGGACAAAUUGUUGGAUGAGGCUGAAACCAAAGGCACUGAGCAGUACAUUGCACUACAGCAGGAGCUUGUUAAAUCAGCUUGUAAAAAUCCCAGGAAGAGGAACAAAGAACAACAAGAGGCUUUCAUGUGCAGCCUGAAAAUUCCAAAAAGGAGCAACAGCAGAGAGUUGGUAACUUUCUGCUCUGCAUCAGCUGCCAGCCAGGAUUAUAUUUGGCCUGAUGACAAUAAUAACACGAAAGACAAACAGUCUGCCGUGGAAGCUGACAGCCCCAGAUUUGAUUCUGUUUGUGUUAAUAGCAGCAUUAGACAGGACAAAGUGGCGUCAGAGGCGUCGCCAGUUUCUGAUCCCAUGAGCAGGAAACUUGGACAGCUCUUUGAGGACUCUGAAUUUGGUGACAAUAGUCCUCAGAGUGGUACCUCUGCGGGAGAGAGGGAAGUAGUUGAAAAGGAAGAUGUAACAAUAAAGGAGGUAGUUGCAGAAACAAAAGCAGGGAAAUCACAAAUUGAUAACCCCAGAAAACAUCAAGAAAAUAGAAAACACAUAUGCAAGUCAGAUGCUAUUUGUAGCGCCAUUGACCUGAGAAUAUCAGAGGUGGUCAAAGAGCACAUGAAACUGUCACUUAUUGGCUUCGAUGAUGACAGGAAGAGCAGGAGUCAAAGCUUGAAUGCUUUGUCAUCAUCCGUAUGUCAUUUUGGCUGUAAUAGUUAUGAAAAUAGAGGGACAGAAAAAGAGCUGAGAGAUCAGAUGAGUGAUCAGGUAAAGGAAGGAGCCAUCCUUGAAGAACACCUAUCACUGGAAAGGUUGAAAAGUGAAAACCCAGUGGACAACAGUGAGCGCCUGGCAUCGGAUCCACCAGCUCAAUUGAGGACUAGCCUUGAGAGCGAGAUGCUUUCAUCUACUGAAGUAACACAGAAGAUUGACCAAGCUCAAAACUUCUCUGAUGUGACACCAAACAAGGGAGUAAUCGACCAUUGUGUUUUCCAAAAUCCCUCUGCCAAAAACAUCCAAUCAAAUCUGACACCCAACAGCCACAGAGAGUCUGAGCAUUCAUGCAACCCCACUUUGCAACCAAAUAGGCCUGGUUUGUCCUCAAUGAGUGGUUUCUUCAAUAAUUCUCCAGGAACUGCUGUGGAGAAAGAUACUUUGUGUCAAGAAGUGAAUAAUUCAGGUAAACAAAAAGUAACAUCUCAUCUUAAUCCCAUCAUUAAUGAUGCCUGCUUGAAUGAAGUGAACAUUCAGAGCUGUUUGGAUGCCCUUGCUAUGAAUCCUGAACUUCACCAAAUACCCCAUAAAAAACCUUCCACCAUGGGUGAUGCAAAAGAAAACUGUGGCUGUAGUCACAUAAAUGAUGUCAGUGUGGAAGCUACAUUCAGUGUUGAUUAUAAAGGUUGUUACUCGUACAAACAGAACACUCCAGGGACAAUUCAUAAUUUCCAAGAUAGUCCUGACACAUCUGGAGCCAUACAAUUAUUAUCUGAUGGAGGAAGUCUUCAAUUCAAACCACACGUACAUUACAUUAGCCAGAAGACACCUACUGAUGAUACAGCCUCUGUGAAAGGGUUUGUUGUUUCUUCUGGCCGUGAUGGAAAUGGUGAAACAGUCAACACAGAAGGGGCUAAACCUUGUGUCACAGCAGAGGAUGAGUUCAGCUGCCCACAGAGUCAUUUAAAUGACUUGGCUCAGACUUGUGUGCUCAAUUUGAAUUACAACAGCAAACGCCAAAAUGCAUCACAUUCCCUGUGCAAAUUGGAUCAGGACACUCAUAUUGACAGCCGACAAGAUUGGGUAAUGGAAAAAGACAAAGAGACAGUCACCCCAAAGAUCUUCGCAGAGUCAAAAUAUGAAGCAAGUAUUUCUGGUUCUAUGCAGCCACAACACAAAAUAUCAAAUGGGAAUGCCGUCACAAAUACAAGUGGCUUUAGAUCUGUGAUGUCCAAACAGGUUGAACUAAACACACCUGGCGAUAAACAGGAAAAUCAUUCUGUUAUAUCUAAAAAGGCCAAGUCUAAGAGGUUCAGAAAGUCUAAGAUCCAGACUCCUCCACCAUCUUCAUAUGAGUCCUCUUUUAAGUCAUCAGAUGAGGAUGAGGAGGAUGACAUAACCACCAGAGUGCAUUACAGCCGGCUUUCCUCUAAAUGUGUAAAGCUUGGCCCUCAGAGUAAUGUCAAACAAGAAGUCAGACAUGCUGCAAAUAUUUCUACCACAGUGUCAACAAGCAAAUUUAAAAUGAAGACAUCUUUUGCUGGAACUCAGGGUAAAAGUGAAGUUAAAGUCAGUAGAGAUUGCUCCCAAAAAAGACACUCUUUAUCCCCUCAAGCAUUGUCACAAAGGACAAAUGUAGAAAAAACCAUCCUGUAUGCAAAGAAAAGUGUACCACAGCAAGAACCGCAUAUGCAUUUUGCUUCCAGUGACAUCAACCCAUUUGUUCACCAGUGGCAAGGCAACGACUCACAACACAGCAAUAAGAACCCAGCGUUCGGGAGUGCUGCUGACCUAUCUUGUAAAUCUCCACUUUUGAACAGUGCUGAGAAACGUAUAACAAGAUGCUGUAGUGUUGACAAUGGUUUGAACAGGCAGAACUCUCCUUUCAAUUCCCAUCUGAGCACUUAUGCCACCAACAAGGGGCUCUCCAGUACGCUUAGCAGCAUGGAGGAUUAUAAGGAACAAGUCAACUGUCAACAGGCGUCUGUUGAUAUUCACAAUCAUAUAGCCAAUCUGACAGUGACCGACAUUUCUUCAAGUAACAAUCAUCCUGGGUUUUUCUGUAACAACUCCAGUCAGGUGGAUGAAAUUAUGUUUGUGUACUCGUCUGAGCAAGAGUCUCACGCAAGCAAAUCACAGGCCCAAAGGAGGACAUGUGAGCAUGGCACUCAAACAGAGCGUGGCCUUCAGACGGUAAAUAUUGCUAACACCAGUAGUGCUCCAAAGAGGAGAGAGCGGCACAAAAGGAGUAACACUGAUGUACCUGCAACACAGAAAGCUAAAGUAGACAUUAAAAAAUCUCCAACAUGGGCCAGUAUGGAAAGCAUGUCGGCUCACCUCUCGAAGCUUAUUGACAGCACCUCAGACCUGCUGGGGGACGUCCAGGAAAUGAGAACAGGCAAAGCCCUCAAGUCAAGUCUGAGGAGUGUCAACUUAUCAAAUAUGAGCAUGUCUUACAGUGAGUCUAUUGACUGUACACAGAGAGACUGCUCAACUCAAACAGCCAUAGAUGUUGGAAUCCAAACAGAAAGGUCUCCAACACCAGCAGAGAAGAAAGUCGCUGCUCAUCACCCAUUGAGAGGUCCAAAACCUCUUGAAGUCAAUGUGAUAGUCAAAGUGAUUGGUUCUGAGGUUGUCAGUGUGUCCCAAGACAAACAUGUGCACUGUGCAGUGAAGAAUACAGAUGAAAAAAUGCAGAGCAUGCCUGAGCUGAGCUUUAACGCCUCUGCUGCAACACAAAGUUCUAAUGGCCUUCAGAAAAUACUUCCUUUAAAGACUGCAGGUGAAUGUCAAAGACGUUUAAGAUCCGCUUCUUCUAGAGGCUCAAAGCAAAGCACGCCCGAGGCACUGUGCCAAAAGAGUGCUGCAGUAUCUGAAGUCUCCCGCAGAUCAUCAAAAAACGCCUAUCAAGAAAAUCACAGUCCCUCUUUAAGAAAUGACCCAUUGCUUUCUUUAAAGAAACAAGCUACAUACACAGACCGUGCAUCAUCUCCUAUACUAACUGUGGGAAUAAGAUUGCACAGAAGCAGACAGGAAAACCAAUCAACACUAAAUACACACAAUCAUUCUGAGAGAGACAUCCUUACUGUGUCUUCUAGCAAACACUUAGCUUGCACAGCUGUUUCAGAGGAUGAUAAAAUGCCCAGACCGGAUUGUGAUGUUUCCUCUUGUACAUCAGAAUCUAUAUCACUUGAGAAGGUGAGUGAAAUGAGUUGCUCAAGCCCUAAAGGCUCUGAUAAGUGCUCUAUAAGCUCAUCACUGGAUAGAUAUACAGACACCGACAAGGGAAAUGGUACCUAUAAAGACUCCAAAUGGCAGAUGAGCUCUCAGCAGUGGCAGACUUUUGCUCCAACAAAAGGUUUAACUAUGCAGAACCACAUCUCUCCAACUGAUGUGCACAAACACCAGGCCAAAGCUAGACAUGGAAAAACAACAGGACCUGCAGUUGAUUCUGGCGAUUUUUGCCUUGAUUCCUACAACCCAUCCCCGGUCAGCAAAAGAACUGUUCAGCUCCAAGAGGACGACGUGGUGUCGAUGACACCCAGCGAGUGCAGCACAGACGUCCUCGUAAACAUUAAACCCAUCUCCAGCGUGUCCCAGUAUCAACACCACCAGAUGGAACCAGAGGACCUGCCCAUGCACAAUAAGUUCACCAACUGGUCGGGCAUUAACCUUCAGCACUCAAAACACUCCAACAAAGUGGCCACAUUUCUUACCAAAGAACACGACAAGAGUGGAAACUGUGCCGAGUGGGGAGAAAUGGAGAGCUGCGACUCAAAUAUAGAGUUCACAGCCCAGAGCGGCAGAAGGACGAGAGAGAUAGAGAGGCUACGCCAGGAGAGAGAGCAGGUGAUGGCGACAGUCAACCUCAGCAUGAACCCGACACCGCUGACUGUGGAGCUGACAGAGGCCAAGCUACACUACGGCCUCGGAGAGACGGAUACACUGUUAAAGAUGCUGUCCCCGAGGACGAGAGAAGAGCUGGAGCCACCGACCUCUGCAACUACCAAACAGCAGCUGUAUGAUAGACACCGCAGGAACAUUGAGGGUUUAAGGCAGGACAGGGAGGAACGUCUCCAGACUUACCGGAGAGCUCGUAGUCUGAGCCCCAGCAAACAUCCCCGCUCCUCUCCACCAGAGGGUGGCUCCAAGGUUUCUGCUGCCAUGCCCAGUCGACGUAAAGAAUACCUACAACAGCUUCGCCAAGAGGUGAUAGACAGCUCCAGAAUAUCAGACCUCCCACGAGGGGAGGGCCAGUGUCCGUCUGACAUUGAGCAGCUGUUGCGCGACUACGGCCGAGCCAGGGAGGAGGCCAGGACUGAGAUUGCGAAAGCACGAGAACGACUGCGAGAAAGGACUGAGCAGGAGAAGAGGAGGCUACAGCAGCAAGCCCUGUCUCAGGAAGCCAAAGACAACCCCAGGCAUCGGACAAGAAUCAGUAACAGCACCUUGUGCACAGGAUCCAGCAUGAGCCUUUCCUCUGGACCAACGUCAGGGUACAACAGCAGCAACAUUGCCCAGCUACAGCAUGGCAGCAGGCCACUUCUGACUGGACAGAUCACAGGGUUCCACGACGAAGGGCUGAAGGUCAGGACACGUCCUCCUAUAUGUGGUCCACAAAGUGUGAAGUCACAGAGAGCCUGGCUGUCUGCCCAGGAUGUCUGCCUUGAGCCUCCUGUUACCGGGUUUGAGCCCCUAAUGACCUCAUCUCCAUCACCCCCACCCUGUACACGUCACCGCAACGCCUCCUUUGGCUCCACCUCUUCCAUAUCCACAACCUAUCAGGAUAUUACAUCUAGUCUCCUCGGUCGCGCUCUGGCUGAGGUACAACUGGCUUCCUCUGGGGAUUUGAGCAACCUGCUAAUGGGCAAGGCCACAGCAGGCUGGAGCUACCAGGGAGAAGAAGGCGGUAUCCAGGCUUACUACAAGCCCUCCUCCAGCCCAUCUGUCCAUGCUUUUCUUGGGGCCGGGGAGCUGGACAGACCCCUGGACAGUCUGUGGAACAUCAUCUGCCAGCUGUCCAAGAGCCACAUGUAUCAUCAGUCGCUGCGUUCCGUCUGGACACGCCCACUGGAUGAUAACACUCAGCUGGUUUAUAUACUAACAGAUCCGUCCACCUGCCACCUCAGCCAGCCGCGGGACUUCUGCUGCAUCAGCACCGAGUCCAAACAGGCUCAAGGUGGCUUGUCUGUGCUGGCAAUGCAGUCUGUGUUCGAGGAGUCUCUGCCUCGUCCCAGUGUGGAUGCCGUCCGAGGGGAGAUGAUGCCCAGUUGCUGGAUCCUGCAGCCAAUUAUACAUGAUGGACAGGAAGCCACCAGGGUCAUCUACCUGCUACAGGUGGACCUAGGAACUCCAUCCUUUCCUCACCGACUGUUGAACACUGUUUCCAGAAGACAGGCAGCUGUCAUCGCUGGUCUUGACGCUUUCCUCGCUAAAUCCACAGGACUCACGAAGACGCAUUAGCAGGGGGCCCUAAGACUAAACUGUCUCCGGCGGGGCGUUGCUUUGCCUUUUAAAUUUGCACCUAAAAUGUAUUUACUUGAUUGUUUUUUAUUAUUUUAUGAGCACUAUUCUACUGUUUCCCAGUUACAAAGUUGAAGCAGCUUUCUUUCUUUUUUAUAUGAAGGUAUUUUUUGAUGAAAUAUUGAAACUGUAUUUUUAUAUUUGUGAUGUUCAUGAAUGCUUGUAACAAUCAUAAUCCUAUUUUUACCAAAGAUUGAUUAGAAGUAUAAGGGACUUCUUGUAGCUGUGUAGCCUUGAUAGUUAAUCAUAAAGCUGUCAAAACCUAAACAAAGUUUCCCCACCUAAUCCAUUCAUGUGAUGACAUAUUUAUAUUAUAAUAUUUAUAAAGUAUAAGCUAUUUAACUCCCUUAAUUCCCUGUUAUCAACAUGGUGUCUAUUGAUUUCUACCAUAUUGUAACAUGUACAGCCAAAUAUGUUAAAGUCAGCAAGGGUGUCAUAGCUAGAGAACAUUUAAAUUGAAGUCAAAGAGUUGGUCAGCAGAUAGUCAAAGUUUAUUCUGAUUUGAUGUAUAUUUGCUAAAAUAAGUGUUUUCACCUGUGUUUAUAGAUAGAUGCAGCCAGCUAGAGGCACAUGUCCCUGUAACUGAGAUUAGGACCUUACACAGACGGCAGUAUAACAUUGGCUGGGUCAUGCUGUUUUUGCAAACACUUAAAUGCUUUGUUUCAACCUAGAUGACGAGUUUUUUUUUCCAGAAAUGAUAAAAUGAAAGCUGGAACUCUGAGACAUACUUGGGGUGGAAAGUAUUUGUAGGUCAGUUGAGUAUAUUUUGCGUGAAUGUCAACUGAGGUGACACAUAAAUGAAGGAACUAUUUGCAAAUACUGUGUACUGUAACCCUGAUUUGUAUGGACUUAUAUAAUUUGGCACUGCAUAUUUUAACCACUCAAAAACCUUAAUUCUGCAGAAAAUGUACGUCAAAUGUCCUUUAACAUUUUUUUGGGUGGGAGGGGUAGUCCAACCUUUUUUUGGGAGAGCAGGGGAAGGUCUUAUUUUUUUCCUAUCCUGAAUUUUAUUUCUUUACUUCUACUACUAUUAUUAAUGACACUAUUUUUAAGGUUUAAAGCAAACAUUAAGAUCCCCGAGUAGGGCCUUGCUUUUUGACAAAGUGAAAUAUAAGGUUCAACUACCUCAAUCAUUUUCCUACACUCCCUUAGCUAUGUGUUUGAUAAGGUGGUGUAUUGAAGGAAUCCUAAGAAUUAUUUAGUCACUCUUCAGCUGUUAUUUGUAAUGUAUAGGGAGCUGCACAUGUCAAACUACUCAGCAACACUCUUUCGCUGCAGGAAACCAAACAGUUUAAAAAGUCAAAGGGCAGGAUUCCGCCUGCUCUGUCACUGACCUCUGCUCUUCUUUAUUUUAAUUUUUAAAGCUGCAGUAAGAUAUGGACACACAAUGGUACUCUGAAUCUGCAUGAGAGAAGGCCUUUUUUCAACAGUUUCUGAAUUCUGUCAUAUUUAUUUUGUUCCUCUUGCCCUCAGUUCGAAAUGCUGUCGAUUGUGUUUUAUAGUUGUGUUGGGGUUAUUUUGUGAGCAUGGUGCUGUGUUUACAGCGGCUUGCACGAAACAAUUAAUGCAUGUAUUAAUGUUGCAUAUUAAAAAGGGAUUUUGUUGAUGUGUUUGCACAGUGUUGAAGCUAUCCAGACGCUGAUCAAACGCAGGACUGUUCUCAGUCCUAGCUGGGUCAGCUUUAUCCAGAUAUGAAGCCAUAUUAUUUACAGUAGUUGAAGGUUCAGGACAUUUUUUUUAGCAGUGCUUAGUUUAUGACUAAAGAUGUUCCAGGGGGAACCAAAGAGAAAGAGACAAACACUGAAGACACAGAGUGAAGGAACAUUGUGACAACUUUUUGUAGUGAUUGCUUGUGUGUUGUGUUUCUAUAGAUUUUUAAGUGUUUCAUUGUGUAAAAUGUAUUGUUAUUUAUGUAUUGACGAUGUGUUGUAAAUGUAUUUUAUUAUAAACACCCUGCUUCCUGUUGCUAAUAUGAUGUAAUGUAGCUCGUCCUGUGUGUUCGGCCAUUUUUUUUUUAUGAAUACAAUACAUAUUUUAAGUGAA